AUGUUUGCACAACAUGGAUGGAAAGUGCAUCAGAUGGAUGUCAAAUCAGCAUUUCUUAAUGGAAUUCUUGAAGAAGAAAUUUAUGUUGAGCAACCUCAAGGAUUACAGGGAGCAUUUUCAGAAUUCACACUAUAUGUUAAACAUAAUAGCAGUGAGAUUCUUUUUAUUUCUCUUUAUGUGGAUGACCUUUUGAUUACAGGGCACAGUGAAAAGCUAAUUGAUGAGUUCAAGCAAGAUAUGAUGCAAGUUUUUGAAAUGUCUGAUCUUGGUGUUAUGACAUAUUUCCUUGGAAUGGAGAUUACACAAGGAAAAUAUGAUUUUCUCGUUUGCCAGAAAAGGUACGCAAAGGAAAUUCUCAAGAAAUUCAAAAUGGAAAAUUGCAAAGAGAUUAGUACUCCCAUGAACCAAAAAGAGAAACUAAGUAAAGAUGAUGGAGCCGGAAAGGGGGAUGAAACAUACGUCAGAAGUUUCAUUGGGUGUUUAAUGUAUCUUAGAGCAACAAGACCCGAUAUAUUGUAUGUUGUAGGUAUUUUAUCAAGGUUCAUGCAUUGUCCUAGUCAAGUACAUUUGCAGGCAGCCAAAAGAAUUGUGCGAUACAUCAAAGGAAGCAUCACCUAUGGAGUCAUGUUUCAGAAGAGUCAACCUAUGAAUCUUUGUGGGUAUUCCGACAGUGAUUGGUGUGGUCCCGAGGAUGAUGCAAAGAGUACUUCAGGGUACUGUUUUAGUCUUGGUUCUGGAAUUUUCUCAUGGGGUUGUAAGAAACAAGAUAUUGUAGCUCAAUCUACUGCUGAAGCUGAGUUUGUGUUAGCUACAACAGCAGUAAAUCUAGCAUUGUGGCUGAACAAAAUUCUGGUUUAUUUGCAUAUGGAACCAACUGGAAGCAUCAAAGUGUUCGUGGACAAUGAAGCAACAAUAGCUAUAUCUCACAAUCUUGUGUUUCAUGGAAGAACUCAGCACUUCAAAAUCAAGUUCUUUUUCUUGAGAUAA